GUGUGGCCCGUGCUGGUCCGGUGAAGAUAGCGGCCAGCUGUUUGUUUGUGCCAGGCAAGAGUGAAGGGGUAAAGUCGUCCGUGUAUUUCUGCCGGAUUUCUCUCUUAAGAAACCUUUUUUAAAGACUGCCACGAUGAGUAUCGCAAAGUUUUUCGGCUUUGGAAAGAAUGAGAAGUCCAUCACGCCCGGAGAGGCGAUUCAGAAGCUGCGAGAUACGGAAGAAAUGCUGUGCAAGAAGCAGGAUUUCUUGGAGAAAAAGAUUGAUCAGGAAAUCUCCCUUGCGAAGCAGCACGGGUCCAAGAAUAAGAGAGUGGCCCUGCAAGCACUGAAGCGUAAGAAGCGUUAUGAGAAACAGCUGCAACAGAUUGAUGGCACCCUUAGCACCAUCGAGAUGCAGCGUGAGGCCUUGGAGUCGGCCAGCACAAACACCACAGUCUUGCAGACCAUGAAUGAAGCUGCCAAGGCUCUGAGGGCAGCACACCAGGACAUGGACGUGGACAAGGUUCACGACAUGAUGGACGACAUUGCAGAACAGCAGGAGGUUGCACAUGAGAUCUCUGAGGCCAUCUCCAACCCUGUCGCAUUUGGAGAUGGUGUGGACGAGGAUGACCUUCUGGCUGAGCUAGAGGAACUAGAACAAGAGGCCCUGGACGAGAAACUCCUGGAGACCACAGGAGUCACAGACGAGCUUCCAGAAGUUCCCUCGGCUAUCCCAGAGACCGUCCCCAAGAAGAAAGCCAAAGAGGACUAUGAUGAUGAUUUGGAAGAACUUGCAGCCUGGGCCUCAUAAGCAUGGUUCUCUGUAUGGAUCCCAGCCCACUUUCGUUGGCCUUCCGGUUAUCAAGCCUGGUGCAAGUGGCGGUCUCAUUGGGACUUUCUCUUUGUGGCUUACCUUGUGGCACCUGCAUUCAAAACAGCCUGUUUCUUCUUCUUUUCUUGUAAUUUUUAUUAUUCAUUGAUUAUGGGUUAAUAGAUAUCUAUGUGUACAUUCUUCAAAUUACAGUGAUAAUCUUUUGUGAGUGCUUCAGGUAAAUGUGCAAACUGCUCAGUUUCUUGUGGGUUUUUAGAGCAAUUCAAUUCAGUGCUUUUGUAUAUUGGAUUAAUUAAGUGGUUAAAUUGCUUACUUUUUAAAUAUAAAGUGAAUGAUUUGGAGUAAUCACAUACUUAUCAUAGGAGCUACAUGACAUUUUGAAUUUUGAAUUUUUAUUUCAUUUCAUUUGUCUUUAUCCAUCAUCAUAUGUCUUUUGUUAUAUUACUACUUUGACAUGCAUAGUAUGGCUCAUCAGAUUUUAGUAAGAAUAAUAGAACAUGAAAAUGGUGUAACUGUUGUACAAACACUCACUCACUCAUCCAGACACACAAUACUUAAUCAGUCGCUCACUCACUCAUUCACACUCUCAACUCACUUAUCCACUUAGUUAACUUAUUUUCUCUUUAUCCUUUGUGUUUAUCCUCUUUUUCUCAUACAAUAUAUGAAAGGAUACAAAGUACUCUUGCUAUCAGGGUUCUAUGUUGAAAUAUACACUUCUGUAUUUUAUUCUGAAAACUAUGUCACCUUGUGUUCUCUCUUUCUCACACUCAUUACAAAUAUUUUUUUUCAAGGUCAGUUACUUUGCAAUAGUGCUUUUUCCUGUACGUGAAUGCCUAAGUUGCUGAUGUUAAGCAGAAUUGUAAAGACAUUUUAUAAGGAAACUGACUUUCUUUUUUUUAUACGUGCAUUAUUCUAAGAGAAAGUUUAAUUGGCAGAUGCAUGCCGUAUCAUAGUCACUGGUACAAAAUGGUGAAGCAUUGCUCAUGUGUUACAAGAUGUUUUUUCUUUACAUUGUUAUUAUUUGCUCUACAUGCGUGCUUUAAGUUUUUUUCUUUUAUUAUUAUUAGUGUUAUUGUUGUUAUCAUUAUAUUUUUUAUGAUUCCUUUUUGCUUUAGAAGGUGGACAAUUGGGAAACCUUUCUUACUCAGAUUGGUAUUGGCUCAAGCCAAGUCACUUCAAAAUUUUCAUGGGAUGGUAUUUCAACAAUUGGACCCAGAAGUGUUUUGACACACCCUGAAGUUAUUUCUGUAAUAGGAAAAUGUGCCUUACCAAAAUUGACAUGUUCAAGCUACCCAUUUGAGGAAACCCAACACGACAUCUUGAAUAAGCGCUGUCACUUCUUAACACCAACAGGCAGUUGAUUAGUUUGCAAGUUCUGAGAUCUUGCCACAUUGCACAGGCCUUUACAAUGAAUCGUCCUUUUGUUAUAUUAUGUACCUUUGUAAAUACUCUAUAUAAGCCCUUGAUGCACCUUAUAUUAAGCUUAUAUGAUUCCUACUUUCUAUGAAUGGUGGUUUGUAAAUGAGCCAAGUAGCUAUUAGCAUUGUGCGAGAAUUGAUUUUCAUGCCAUUUGUGAGGUACAGUAUCUUACCGGUGAUGAAGCACAAUGUUAAUAGACACUAGUAUAGUCCAUAAAGUGUUGUAUUUUGCUGCCCCUUUCUUUUCAUAUCUUACCAUUUUUCCUUUUAAUUUUGUUGUUUUUUGCUUAAUUUUUUUCUUUCCUCUCUUCUUUCUGCAAGUAUAUUAAGAUUUAGAAGUGCUAACUUAGUAGGAUUUUAUUUAGUCACAAGUCGUAAAUAUGUUUGAAUUUGAAGAUAUCUGCCAGUGACUUAUUACGGAAACCUAGCUUGUGAUUGUUCAUAUGUAAAGUUAUAUGCAAGAGAUACCAAACACUUUGAAUGGAAUAAUAAAAAUCUGCAUAAGUUUCAAUAUAUGUAUUUGAUAUAAUAGAAAAUGUUAUUUCCAA